UGAGAGGGAAAUGUUUCUCCGAUAUUUCGCAAAGAAAGAUGAGUUUACUUUUUAAUUUAGACAAGUGGCGCGUUUUCUACGAAAGAUGUUCUAAUAUAGUCGGUGGAAUUUCAGUUCGAAUUAAUAUCACAUAUUGCUUCGCAUUCCUCCAUAUACAGUACUUUUCACGUGAAAAAGACAAGUGGCAAUUCAAUUCUGCAUAAAGCACUUUUCGGUAUUCCAAUUUAUGUUUAUUGCGACAAGACGUAAGUCGCUUUCUUUUUUUUUUUUCAACAUCCAACGAAGUACAACCGAGGAUUUACGCGUUUUUGCGAAACGAAAUUGAUUCGAAUUGAGCCGUGAGAUAGAUAUUCGUUAGUCGGCCGAGAUUUCGUUAUUAUGCUUCACCGCUUAAGACAGAUAACCGAACUCGACUGAUCCUCGAUUUCCCACGAUUUCCCAGUCAUUAAUCCCAAAUUAUCGACACCCUCGAUACCUUUGGGACACCCCGUAUCCAAGGGCGGAAAGGAAGAGAGAGAGAGAGAGAGAGAGAAAGAGAGAGAACUGAAUCGAAUCUACCCUUACGAACUACGAGCUUCAUUCAGAGCCGCCCCCGCAUUCCAAGUGACGUCACGGAGCACUCAGUACCCCCGCGCGCGCGCACGAGAUAGAUAAAGCUUAAAAGAGUGAGAAAGACGGAGACGAAGCGAUUGAGGAUGCGCGCACACGAUCUACGUCUAAGGUCCAGAAUUACGUCUGCUAAUGGUAGCAGGUAAUGGUGGUGGUAAGAGGGCUUCGUACUGCCUUGCUCUCCUACAGCCCUCGCAAGUAGUAUUGCUUCUGCUGCUACGGCCGCGCUGUUGUACCGCUGCUGCCACCACCAGUCCUUAGUCGUUCCUCCGCCUUUCACUCGUGCGGGUCUCAGUUCGCUGGUGUCCCUCAUCAGCUGCGGGUCUCUUCGAACAACGCAAUCAGCCCGACGUUGCAGUACCUGUUCAGUUUGACGUGUAUAUUUUUUUUUGUUCCUUUUAGACACACAUACCCCGCAUCUUUCGUGAUUCUCUCGUGAUUCUCGGCGCGCCGAUUCACGUUUACGCGGUACCCGUUUGUUUUCCGUGCACCUGUGCAGCCAUGAGUGCAACCAGUUACUUCGUUGCUAUUGCGUCUUACGGAGCCCAGUGAGGAGCGUCGAUCUAAACGGAACGCGCAUCGCUCGAACUCGCUUCGAGUACGUUUCUCGAAGUUAAAGUACUGGAUUUCAAGUGAUUUAUCACAAUUCUCUGAUUUACGAAAGAGAUUUCUUUUACGAAGUUAUCUCCUUUUUACGUUAUCGCGCGUCAACGUUAGGAGUCAACGAUACUGUUGAGCUACUGGUGACAGCGUGUCUAAAUGGUGUGCGUUCCAAAUCGCUACGAUUUGUGCUUUUUCUUUGUUAUCGUUUUAAUAUUUUAAAAGAAGGUGCUGGGAUUGAAGAUUCGCUCGUCUCUUCUUUUUUUUUCACUUGUGUGGACUAAUCCUGCUGUUUAUGAUGCACGUCUGACGAGCGUGCGAAGUCGUCUCGUUGAAAUUAUCUAACAGUGUGGCUCCUUGGAGAUUGGCGAGGAACGCCAGCGUCGGGUCGCUAUGAUGGAGUCGCUCUGCCAGGUGAAUGGCAGUAAAACCAACGGCGACAAUGAAGACAGCAAGAAUGAGACCAACAAUAAUAACACAAACAAUAAUAACAAUACUCACAACAACAACAACAACAAUAACAACAACAACAGCAGCAGCAAUACCACCGAUUGUUCGGAUUCUCAACAGAGAUUGGCGGUGCUGAGUUUUGAGCAAGUACGUCGAUUGAACGAUGUGAUGAAUGAAGUCGUUAGCAUUCACGGCCGAGGGAACUUCCCCACCUUGGAGGUCCGACUGAGGGAUCUCGUGACGGUAGUGCGCAGCAAGUUAGAGACCGAUCCGAGCAACGGGGGCGCCGGCAUGAGGGUACGCGACAUCCGGUUGAAUGGCGGUGCCGCCUCCCACGUGUUGGCCACCGAGUCCCAGCCCUAUAACGACCUGGACCUUAUCUUCGCGGUUGAACUGUCCAGCGGCCGUAACUACGACAAGGUCAAGGCCGCGGUGCUCGGUUCUCUAUUUGAUUUGCUGCCGGAGGGCGUGAGUCGCAAGCGUAUCACCACCUGCAGUCUGAAAGAGGCCUACGUAAGCAAAAUGGUGAAGGUGAACAACGACGGUGACCGAUGGUCUCUGAUCUCUCUCGGCAAUUCUCGAGGUCAUCGAAACGUCGAGUUGAAGUUUGUCGAUUCGAUGAGACGACAAUUCGAGUUUUCCGUUGACUCUUUCCAAAUCGUUCUUGAUUCCCUGUUACUGUUCUACGAGUGCAGCAAGCUGCCGAUCGCUGAGAAUUUCUACCCGACCGUGGUGGGCGAGUCCGUCUACGGUGAUUUCCAAGAAGCGCUUUAUCAUCUGCAUAAAAAACUCAUCUCGACGAGGCAUCCCGAAGAAAUACGCGGCGGCGGCCUGCUCAAAUAUUGCAACUUGUUAGUGAAGAUGUACAAACCGUCUCAACCGGAUUACAUCAAGACCCUUGAGCGAUAUAUGUGUUCGAGAUUCUUCAUCGAUUUCCCGGACAUAGGCCAACAGCGCUCCAAACUUGAGAACUAUCUUUGGAAUCACUUUGUCGGGCCCGAGGAAGAGGCCCUCAAAUAUCAGUACCUGAUGCUGCUGCAUAGCGUCGUUGAAGAGUCUACCGUGUGUCUGAUGGGUCACGAGCGACGGCAGACUCUCGCGCUGAUUCAAAGCCUUGCCUACCAGGUGCUCUGCCAGGAGCAGCAACAGCGACUGACGAGCCAUCAGCAGGCGCCGCAAGGUCCGCCUACCACCUACGUCUACGCCAAUGGCUAUUACUAUGCGCCCGUGAUACCCACGGCGGCAUGCUACACGUGCACUUGCAACUGGAUGGCGUGCUCCUCGUGAUGUGACGAUAUCGGCGAUAACGUCGUGUUUGUAGACGUCGCCACCCCCACCACCAACGAUACCACCACGGCCACUGAUUGUUGCUGCUUUAACCGACUCGAUUACAUCGAUUCUUGCAGCCAUUGGUGUCAGAAAUACGAGUGCGAAUACUUCUGUUACCUUUGUUCUUGCGGCCUUUACUGUCCACUCGAAGAUCACGGAGACUUUUGUUGUGCUGUUUGUGGUCCUUGCGAAAUAUCCAAAAAUGUGGAGGCAAACAUCAAUAACUCCGUGUCCAACGUCAAAAAGUCCAAGUUCCUUAAUUGACAUUUAUCGGGGUGAUGCGAGUUUGGGUGCAGGAGUGGUAUACGAAAGAAAUAAUUUUUUUCGGCGUAUUCUUCGAAGACAAUCAUCGGCAAACGCGGUAACAAAAUAGAAUCGUGAAGGCAGCGUACACGGACGGCAAAUGUAUGAUAUCGUUGAUAAUGUGAGAAGCGAUAGGAAAGUAUAGGGCGUAGAGCACUUUUUAUCGCGAGUUUCCGGCGUUCUGGUUUCUCUGGCGAAGACGAUCGCGUGCCGAACAGGGAGAGGGAGACAUAGAGACGGAAGAAAUGGAAAGGGGUAUUUUCGGUGAGGGCUACGGAAAGAUAUAUUUCUAUAUAUCUCUUUUCGUGUUACAUAUUUCGAUAUAAUAAUAAUAUAAAAAAAAAAAAUAUAUAUAUAUAUAAAUUUACACACAUUUAUCUGACAUAUUUAAAUAUAUGUUAUUCAGAUAUGUAAAUUUAUUCAGAUAUAUGUAUAAAUAAUUAAUGUGUGGCUGUGAACACAUUUCAUUUAGAUUGUGUAGUUAGACUGUGUAUAACGUGAUAAAAUUUAAUUCGAUAAGAUGAUGUUGGCGGGGCGACACGGCCGGCGCGCGAAUCGAAAGGGAAACAUUUCCGAGCCGCAUUUCUUUCUUUCAUUUCUACGAGAACGUAGCGAGCAUAAACAUGAUAUACAAAUAUACAUACACAUACAUACACACUAAAAAAAAAAAAAAAAACACGCACGCACGUAUACACAUAAAUGUGGUGCAUUCAUAUAUCCAUAUACACCGGAUGUAUCUGACAGAUCAUAUUUUUCUUGGAUAAUAAAUGCUAUAUGAGUGUCGAAGCUGUACACGGCGCUAAAAAAGAAAUUGUAGCUGCAUUCGCUUUUUAAUAGGAGAUGAUUACAUCUCUUUCUUCGAGAUAUGAACUCUGUGAAAAAAAAAAAAACUUUAUAGGGAUUCAAGUCACGACAGGAGGAUAUGUCGAUGAUGAACGAGGAAUAUUUAAAAGUUGUUUUUUGAAAACGUUGCAGAAGUAAUUCGAGAAAAAAAAAACAA